CUUACAACUAGGUGCUAUUUUUAAAUACCACAUACAAUUCAAUAUGAUACUGGAUCAAUAUUAAUACUAACAACAGAAGUGUAUUAACUAUAUCAUGUAUAUAUGUUGUUGAUAUACUUCAUUUUUCAGUUCGUUGUUUACAGAUUUUUACCUUGACCUUAUCCUUUAAUCUUCGAAAUCAAUAAUAAUAGAAAAGAGCAGCUAUAGCACUUGGAUUAUCAUACAACACCUGUAUAUGAAGGUGUGUUAGGUGUAUUAAGGAUGCAGUAUUCAAAUUAUAACACGGAAUACGGUUCAGCUAUCCCUCCAUCAAAUGAUACUCCGGUGAAAGAACAACCGCAAGCUCAGUAUGGGUUUAGUCAGCAGCCUGGACAACCACAGGGUGUGGUGGUUAUACCUCCAACAUUGCUCAUAACACCGGCACAUUUUGAACCUUACGAGACCAAAUGUCCUCAUUGUCACGUUCAGAUAACGACGGAAACAUCUUUUAACAUGGGAUAUAUUGCUAAAAUGUGUGUUUUUACAUUGUGUUGCACAUUUGCAUGGUUUGGAUUGUUUUGUGUUGCGUUCUGGCCAUGUUGCAGUAAUAGGUUCAAAGAUGUUAAACACACAUGUCCACGUUGCCAAAAGGUAGUAGCUAAGUACGAAAGACACAGAAUUGCACCAAACUACCAAAGUGCAUGGUUUAAACGAAAAGGUUACCCAGGAGUAGCACACUUCCAUGGUUAUAAUCAGCAGUUACAGCCAGCGGAAGCACCACCAGGCAUUCUGGUUGUUCAACCAAAGCCUAUGGUUACAGCAGACCAUUUCAAACCUUACGAUACCACAUGUCCACAUUGUCAUGCCCAAAUAAGAACUGAAACGUCUUAUCAAGUCGGAGAGCAGGCGAUCUUGUGGGUUUUCAUUUUCACGUGUAUAUUCGUAUGGUUUGGACUUGUUUGCUUCAUCUGUCUGCCGUGCUGCAUCAAGUAUUUCAAAGAUGUAACCCAUACCUGCCCUCGCUGUCAUCAAACCGUAGCGGUGUACGAACGACAUGAAAUGCUUUAAUGUUUUCCGUCUGUUCUUUUUAAAAUACACAAUGAACUACUACGGGUGUCACUGUAAAGCUGGUUGUUCGGUGUUAGCCAAGGCUCAUUGUUGAAGGCAGAACAUUGUCCUAUAAUGGUUCACAUUUGUGGUGGAGUGUUGUGUCAUUGGCACUAAUACUAUAUGUCCUUACAUCUUCUUAAGCCAUAAUAUGUGGAUUGUAUGAUAGAAAUCUAUAUUUGUUUGAGGUGUAUUUUUAUAUAUUAUAGUAUUACCAUGACUCUAAAAUAAAACAGCUCAUGUGUUUAAACAGUGUAAAAAUGAUUUCAGAUCAUUCAAUAAAACCUGUCUAUAAAAGGCAAACAGUGAAGAAGAGGGAGUACAUGUCCCUUGUGGACAAGUGCCUCAUAAAUAAGGAUGUUGUUAAAAAAACGCAUAGUUUUGUUUAUUUAUUGUGAAUGCUUAUAGAUAUUUACAACAUGUAUGAAGUAAAAUCACAAA